AUGCUGAAGGGCAUAUUUGGCUCAAGCAAGAAAAAGCCAGGAAAAUCAAGCGAUAGCAACUCAGAAACUCAGUCAAAUGCAGCGGAUCAUGGCUCAAUUCCCGGUGCUAUAGCUGAACCUCAAGCUCAAGGUCAAAGGGAUGGCUCUGAAAGGGCUCCCUCUACAUACGAUUUUUCAUCUUCAAGGGCGGCGUCUUCUUUAGCUUCUUCGUCCGUCUUCUCCAAGGGUAGACAUACUAGUGGCACGGGAGCAUCGUCUUCAACUGGAAGUACUUACGGGAGAAAAUCUGUUGGUGCUUUAGGCUCCGAGCUAGAUGAUGUCGGCAAACCUUUGAGGGUCGUGAACUCUGAAAAGUUUAAUUACCUGAACCCUGUUUUCGAGGAAGAAGGUCCCAAUGAGGGAUCUGUACCGGCAGGAGAGAAUACUCAUGCUACCCAAGGGCUACAGCCGUCACAGGCAAGGCAGAGAAGGGCCGACUCUCUCUCCAGAAACACAAGGUCUUUGGAACUGGUGAAGAAUGAACUAAACAUUCUGGAGGACAACCUAGUCGGUCUGAUGGACGAUAUUCACCAGAACGUCACUAGCAUCUCGAAGGCUGUUAUUCAAGCGAUCGAAUACUUCAAGCAGUUCUUACCUACUGUUAAUGUGAAACUUUCAUUUAACUUGACCUUCGAAAGGUCGUCGUCUUUGAGAGCGAUAACCAAAAUAUUUUUGCAUUUCAUGGAUAACCUACUCAUGUCUGAAGCUUUCGGUAACUCGCGGUCCAUCCUGAUGAGAAGAUAUAUAUACUUUCUGGAAAAGCUUAAUAUCAGUACUCCAGCGGACUUUGCCUCAGAAUCGCAACUUGCACCAUGUUUGAACAAUUUUUGCAUUGAUUCUACUUGUACUCUACCGAACCGAGAUAAUAUCAGCAGGAUCAUAGAGGAGAUAUCGAAGUCGGAUCCCAGCUUGGUGGCUGACCAGGACGGAGCUUUCAUGGCUCCUGUUCUCAGAGGGCUUACUCGGAAAUCAGCAAUUUUGACGGUUAUGUUUGGAGUCCCAAAUCCCCAACAGGAGCACCAAGAAAUCGUGAAGGCAUUAUAUUCAGUGAUGCCAGACGUUCAUUUCUAUUGCGUCAAGGAUUAUAUACAACCGUGUGCCGAAGUUCUCAAUACAGUUGCUAAGCCUAUGUCAGCAAGCACUCCUUUGGCUGCCCCUCCUAGCACAUUCCAAUUCUCACCACCAUAUAGGCUUGCUCCGGACGCUCUCAAGCCUCCGAUUUCGAUGUCCCUAUCAUCAGAUCAGAGUUCGAAGACAACAGGCACGUUAGGUGGCUAUUUGUUUCCUCAGAUAGAGAAGGGUUCUAAAUUAUCUCAAUUUGCAGGCGCCUCAUUCGCAAUCACUUGCUCUCAUGUUGUAUUGUCGGAGUCCCAGGAUUACCCAUACGUUUCAAUACCAUCGAAGGUCUUGCAAACCACUUAUAGAAAAACUCUCUCGGAAGAGUCUCACCGUUAUCCGGAAGACUCUGUCGAGCAUAAGGCAUUUCAGGAAGAGAUCCGCCGGGUGGAUGAAAACAUGAAGUGGCAAGAACAAAAUAAGUUUGGUCAAGUAGUUUGGGGUGAAAGAUCGAUCGUGAAUCAGAAACUCUCCGAUUUUGCAAUAAUAAAAGUUGGACAGCAAUAUAAAUGUGAGAAUUGCUUAGGCAUUGGGCUGACCGGCGUACCAGACCCUACGUUGCGAUUCCAAAACAUGUAUGUUAAGGAAAAGAUCCUCAAAUUGAGACCAGGAUUGCAAGUUUUCAAAAUUGGUGCUGCCACCAACUACACUUCUGGAUCAGUUAACGCUGCGAAGCUUGUCUACUGGGCUGAUGGGAAACUGCAGAGCAGUGAAUUUGUUGUAUCAUCCCCCAUGCCGUUAUUCGCAAGUGCCGGCGACUCCGGCUCCUGGAUUCUAACAAAAUUAGAGAACAGACUAGGACUUGGGGUAGUAGGUAUGUUGCACUCUUACGAUGGUGAGCAGAGACAAUUUGGCCUGUUUACUCCCAUAGGCGACAUUUUGGAGCGACUCCAUACUGUUACCGGAGUGCUGUGGGAUAUAGACGCAGCACCUACCUGA